AUGAGGUCCAACCCUGGCAUCAAUCCCAGCACGUUUGCCAGGAUAAAACAUCGCACCUGGAAUCUGCCGACUGCUCUGGUUCUGAUCUGGGGGAUCGUUUUGUUAUGGGGCGAACGAUUCACCUACGGGAACAGCGUCCAGCGAUGUCUCUGGCAGAAAUGGGAAUCAUGGCCAACUCAUGCUCGACCACACCAUGUCCUCCUCGUGGCUGACCCGCAGCUCGUCGAUCCGCAUACCUACCCAGACCGGCCGUGGCCUCUGUCAGCCUUGACUGUCGCAUACACCGAUCGUUACCUUCGUCGCUCGUACGGAUACCUACAGGACAAGCUGCGACCCGACGCAACCCUUUUCCUGGGAGAUCUCUUCGACGGCGGACGGGAAUGGGGCACGGUUGAAUCGACCUCGCCGGAGGAACGAUACAAGAAGUACGGGACGUCCUUCUGGAUGAAAGAGUACAUGCGCUUCUCCGACAUGUUUCUGCGAUCAUGGUACAAAGGUCAGUUCGCGAGCCAGGCCGAACCCGAGGGUCGGCGCAUUCUUGCCUCUUUGCCAGGGAAUCACGAUCUAGGGUUCGCUGCGGGCAUCCAACUACCCGUCAAGGAGCGCUUCGACGCAUACUUUGGCCCCAUGAACCGCAUCGACAUCAUUGGCAACCAUUCCUUUGUACAUCUCGACACCGUUUCCUUGAGCGCCAUGGACCAAAUCGACCCGGAAACAGGCAGUUCAGGAGCCGGCGACGGCAGCGCUGCGGCCACAGCAUCCAGCAGGAUCUGGACGCCGGUCGAGGAAUUCCUCCGGAACGCUAGAACGACUCGUGACAAGGCUAUCAGACAUGUUUGCGAGACUCGCUUCAACUGGCCGUCGUCGUCAGCGUCGGCGCUUCAACGACGCCGCCUUUUAACCCCGAGUAUUCGCUCCGCCGCAGAACCAUCCUCAGAAGAAGAUGGUUCAGGUCAACAGUAUUCUCAUCCCAAAGUAUCGUCGUCUCAGUUCCCGACGAUUCUCCUCUCGCACGUCCCACUCUUCCGAUCCGGCACGACGUCCUGUGGCCCCAAGCGCGAACGAGGCACGUCCAUCCCCCUCUCAGCGGGCUACCAGUACCAAAACGUGCUCACGCCGUUGAUCUCUCAAGACAUAGUCAAGCACCUGACGGCCGAGGAAAUCGCCAUGAUCUACUCCGGCGACGACCACGACUACUGCGAAAUCGAGCACAGCGAGUUCACAGGCCGUAUUCGCGAAAUCACGGUGAAAAGCAUAUCGUGGGCCAUGGGCAUCCGCCACCCGGCCGUACAGCUCGUGAGCCUGUGGAAUCCCGUGGCUCAAGAUGCCGUCUUCCCUUCCGCGGACUCCGCCGCCGACCAGGCCACCCCCCGAGACACGGUCCAGAACCGCCUCUGCCUCCUCCCGGACCAGCUGGGCGUGUUCAUCCGGUAUGCCCAGGUCAUGGGUCUGACUUUGCUCGCCCUCGCCGUCCACGCCGUACGACACGGUCGUCCUGGCAGCGGUGGCGGUGUCGCGACAGCAUCCGAACGUCACAACAGGUCAGAGCCCUUGCUGCCCAUCACUCGCGACGUCGAUCGGGGCCGGGGCGAGGGCGAGGCCGAUGUCCAGUCAUCGUGCUCGUCCGUGCGCAAGGACCGCGAGAAUGUAGCGACGACGCGCAAGAUGGGCUCGUCGUACGCUUACGGAGGAGGACUCUCCAGACCUGCAUCGCCUUCGAAGCCACAGUUCGACAGCGACGAUGACGGCGACGACGACGAAGAAGACAAUUGGGGGGUGCCGCGGUCCAUGAAGCGAAGACUGCGUACUCGUCAUGCUGGCUCAGGACGCGUCCGCUUCUUCGCAAACUCGGUGCGCCGCGUCGCUGUGCGGGUUGUACUGUUUUACAUCUGGUUAAUAUGGACCGGUUAG